AUGUUGGAAUCUCUUGUUGCCACUAUCCUUAACAGGACCCUUGGUACCUACGUAGAAAACUUUGAUCCUGCACAAUUGAAUAUUGGAAUCUGGAGUGGCGAUGUCAAAUUGCGCAACUUGAAAUUGAAAGAGGAGUCUCUUGAUAGACUUGGCCUCCCAAUUGCUCUUAGAUUUGGUCAUCUAGGCGAACUCACUUUGCAAAUUCCUUGGUCAAACUUAAAGUCCAAGCCAGUCAAGGUGAUUAUCGAGAAUGCAUAUAUUCUUGCCCGAGCAAAGCUCCCUACUGACUUUGAUUUGAAUAAAGAAGAGGCAAAAGAACAAAGAGUUAAGCAAAGUAAAUUGGAUGAAUUAGAAUUGAUAGACAGUGCUGAGCCUCAGUCUACAAGUGUCGAGGAGCAGGCCCAAAAUGAGAGCUUUUUGGAGAGUUUAACAACUAAGAUUGUCGAUAACUUACAAGUUACAAUCAGAAAUAUUCACUUCAGAUACGAGGAUGACGAUGCCUUUACUAGCAUUCCUUACUCUGUUGGUAUCACAUUAGAUGAGCUUAGUGCUGUGUCUACAGAUGAGGGAUGGCUACCUGGGUUUAUCGUGGGUGUUGCUUCGAUGGCUCGUAAAUUGAUGACUUUGAAAAGCCUUAGUGUUUAUUGGGACACCAGUAGUGUGUCAAUUUAUAACGAAGACCAGGAUCAGAUGAUCCAGUCUUUUCAGAAUAUUAUUGAGAGAACGUUGUCUUCGGAUGAUGUUCCGUACCUCUUGUUACCCGUGUCCGGCUACGGUCAUCUCACUGUGAAUAUGAAGGGAAGUACGGAUUCCGCACCCCAUUAUGCACUUGAAUUAUUCUUCGAUGAGUUUGGUUUGUCUUUAGAUGAAAACCAAUAUAGGGAUAUUUUGUGGACGGUUUCACAAGUUACUUGGUAUCGGAAAACCUAUAAGUUCAGAUGUCAAAGACCCAAGGUUUCUGUUGAGACAGACCCUAGGCAGUGGCUUCGAUAUGCUUUCAAAUGUGUUUAUGACGAAAUUCAUGAAAGAAACUAUAAGUGGACCUGGGGAUAUUUUAAGAACCGGAGGGUCCAACGGAAAGAAUAUACGAGCUUAUGGAAAGCUCAUCUCGAAGGGGAAGAGACCCCUGAUAAGAAACUACGGUUAGAUGAACUCGAGUCAGUUCUUUCCUUUGAAGAUAUCAAGUUUUACAGGGAGAUCACGAGAAUGCAGUACAAAAAGCAAUAUCAUGCUCUUCCAGCUCCGAAAGCACCAGUCCCUUCGUCGGCACCUUCACAAUCCAGAUUUUCUAUCUUUUCUUGGUGGAAUGGAGGGCAAUCGUCUCUGACUGGGGACGCAGAGGGGGAAAACAAUGAUAAUGAUGACAAUAAUUUGGCUCUCAGUGAUGACCAGAGGAAAGAGUUGUAUGAUGCUAUUGAAUUUGAUGAGUCUAAGAGAUUGGCUGAUUCCUUGGAUGUUCCUCGGGAAAGAGUCAUGAUAUCCGUAGGCUGGAACUUGAAAAAGGGUUCUCUUGCAAUUAAAAAAGGGGAAAGCAUCCGACCAUUAGCUGCGAUUGUUUUUGAGGGAAUGCAUGCAGAUUUGUUUCAGCGAAAGGACUCUUAUUAUCUUGGUUUUAAAUUGAGAGAGUUUAAGGUGGAGGAUGGCUCAGAAAACACUCUUUACAGACACAUUGUCAGUGUCAAGCCCUUUUCCGGUGCUGCAAAAUCUUCAGGUGAGGACGACGAUAAUAAUAGUGACACAGAGAAGGUGGAAGAGCGUCUUGAUCAGAAAGAACCAUUCUUUCAGAUUUCGUAUGAAAAGCAUCCGUUGGAUGACUCUGCAGACUCUGAAUUGCUUGCUAAGAUGAAUAGUAUGACAAUCUUCCACAAUCCAAAAUUUUUGCAAGAGGUUGUAUCCUUCUUUAGUUCUCCGAAGACGCAUGUCGAUACUAUUGGGGCUCUUAUGAAUGUAGCCGAGUCACGAAUUCACGAUUUUACUCAGCAAACAAGGAUUGGGCUACAGUACGCUUUUGAAGAACACAAAACCGUUAAUUGCAAAAUGGACUUACAGGCACCCUUGAUUAUUAUGCCACUUGACUUCAAAAGUUGGUCGUCACCCGUCUGUGUUUUAGAUGUUGGUCACCUCAGUGUCAAAAGCGACCUAGCAAAUAAGGAGAUGAUAAAAAAAAUCAGCGGCAAUGAUAAAAGGUCGUACACUGAGAAAGACUGGGAUGAAAUGACAACGUUCUUGUACGAUAAAUUCAACUUACAGUUGCAAGAUGCUCAGGUUUUGAUUGGACCGAAUAUCAAAUCCGCAAUUGAACAGCUACACUGCAAAGAUGAGAAGCCCUCGUUAAUCUUGGAUCACUUGACAAUCAGCAUUCUUCUAGAGUUAUCAAUUGUUCCUUCGUAUACCCAUCUUCCUCUUAUUAAGCUCAGUGCUGAUAUUCCUCGAAUUAAAGCCGUGUUGAAUGAUUACCAACACAGAAUAUUCAUGCAGGCUCUCUCAACUAUGAUUCCUGACUUCGCAGACGAUAGUGUACCUUCUAACAAUUCUUCUGACAACGAUGCUCUUAGACAGCUUGUUUCUAAUGAUGAAGAUGAUAAGCAUGCUUUGUUUCAAAAAGAUCUUGAAGUGAGCGACGGCCAAAAAGGUAGCCCCACUGUGGACACCAUGCAGAAGUCUGAUCCUUUGGUUGACUUGCAGCAUAAACUUGAGGUUGACAUUAGAGUUGGUUUGAUAAUCUUGUCUAUUAGCAGGUGUUCGAAUCCCGAAACAUUUGAGGCUGAUAAAUUGGCCGAUUUCGUUGGUGAAGACUUCAAACUUAACUUUUACAACACUACCAAAGAAAUGCAUGUGAAAGUUUUGUUGGCAAAUCUCUCUGUCAAUGAUUUCAUGGAAACGACUGGACAAGAAGAGUUCAGAAAAUUGAUUUCUUCCAAAGGGGACUCUACUGAUGAUAUAGGCAGCUCUCGUCAGGAUUUAUUUGAAGUAGAAUACACAAGAAGCCAACGACUGGCAGAUUUCAAAGGAGAAUUAAUUCAGGCAUUUGAUCAAAAUAUUGAUAUGAAUAUCUCUGAUUUCAAAUUGGUGGUGACCAGAAAGUCAGUCUUAACACUUAUGAAUUUCAUGAUAAAUGCCUUUGUGGAUCCUGAAGCUCCUUUAAUGCCCGCGGAUAAGUUGAGGCAUAAUGAUGAGGCAGAUGAAAGUGCUCCAGAGCACAUUAAGUUGAAUGUCAAUAUGAAAAGUAUCACUCUCGUUUUGAACGAUGACGGCUACAAGAUUGCCACAAUGAAAUUGGAGAAGGCCGAUAUAGAUAUGUUCUUGCUACCAGAAAAAAUGAAAGUAGAUGUUACCUUGGGUGGUAUCUCAGUCAAGGAUGAAAUAAACGACUCAUUUCCAUCGUUGAAACAGUUGAUUCGGAUUCGUGGCAGUGAACUUGCCAAGCUUCAUUACGAAUCUUUUGAUCCGGCAACAAAUAGACUUCCCUACAGUUCGGUGUUAAACUUUGAGACUGGCUCUGUGGUUGUGACGUUUGUCGAAAGUGCAUUUACCAGACUUUAUUCAUUUAUGAACCAAUUCAGCAGAAUGAAAGAUAUAUAUGAUGGUGCAAGAGUGGCUGCCUUGAAUCAGGCUAGUAGUAUUGAGAGUCCAAAUAAGAUGAAGUUCAAGAUCUUGGUCAGAGCACCCAUUUUUGUCUUUCCGGAUGUGAAGAGUCCAGCAACUGGUUUGAUAGAUGCUGUGACUGUUAACUUAGGUGAGAUAGAUGCCUCUAAUGCGUUUACAGAAAGGAAUGGUCACGUUUUCAACAUUUGCACCGCCAAUCUCAAGAACACUAAGAUCUCUUCCAACUUUGCUCUUUCUGGCGGUUUAAAACAGAAGUUGGACAUUAUCGAUAGGUUGGAUCUUGCUCUUCAUGUUGAUUACUAUGACGGCGUUGAUCUUGAUAGAACUUCGACACUUAUCGAAGGGUCCAUCACAGGUGAUGACAUGAAGUUGACAGAGUGGCAGGCAUAUUAUAUUUUGCAAAUUAUGCAAAGUAUUCCUAGAGCAUUUACCGAUUAUUCGAUAAGUGAGAAAUCCAUAGAGGAUAUUGAGAAGGAUGCCAAUAAUGCCAAUAUGAUCCUAGGUAAAGACAGAUCCUCUGAGACAGGUGGACAGGGGGCUACCCUAGGGUCUGUUGGUGUUUCUUCCCAAAAAGAGCAGGAAACUGCAUUUACAUCCACCGGUGCCCCCAAUAAAAUCACUGUUGAAAUGUCAUUUGAUGUUCCUGUCCUUGCAUUAACUUUAUAUAGUGGCACAAAGCAUGUUGUAAACAUUGAUGGCAAAGCUCUUUCCAAAAUCACUCUUAACGAUGUCGGCAUCGAGUACAGACUUCUUGCCAGUGGGGAUUACGCAUUGGAUGUUCAUGUGAAGUCUCUUGUCGUGACCGAUGUCAGAGAAAAUAGAGAAAACAAAUUCAGUGAUAUCAUUCCCGCUUCUGCUAAUGCCGAGUAUCAGUUCAUGGCCAGUGUGAAGUCCUCUGGAGCAGCUAAUAAUCAUCAUAUGGAUCUCGAUUUGGCUAUUGACAGUCCUAGAUUGAUUUUGGCGAUGGAUUAUUUGCUUGCUUUGAAAUUGUUUGUCGAUCAUGUCACUACCACGUCCUCUACAGAUGAUUUGGAUACCCGUCUAGCUGUUAUUGCUGAAGACUCUUCCUCAAAAAAUCUGAUAGAAAAGGUCCCCGAGGAAUCUGAAGAUUUGAAAUCAGUCGGAGACGAAGAAUCUAAAAUCUCUUAUACGGUGAAUGUUGUUGAUCCAUCUAUCAUUUUACUCGCCAAUCCUGAGAAGAUCAAUUCGGAGGCGAUUGUAUUCAAGAUUUCUCAAAUGGUUGUCAGCAGUUGUGAUACAACGGACUUGAAGCUUGAAGGUAUUGGCAUGUUUUUGUGUAAGAUGGAUACCUAUGAAACAAAUAGGUUGCGUGUCAUUGAUGACUUUUCUUUGGACUUUAGCAUGGAUUCAAAGGGUUCUUCAUCCACUUCUUUUCUAACAACCAUCACUGCAAAGAUCGAGCCUCUGUUGGUUCGUGUUUCACUAAGGGAUAUUAAGUUGGCAUUGGGGGUCUUUAACAGAGCUAAUGCUAUGUAUAAUGAUGCCUCCACUGGUGCCGAGCACAAGAAGCGUAGUUCCUUCGGUCCACGGUCGAGGCGCGCCUCGAUAUCCUCGGAGAUUGGAAGAACCCUUUCUAAGUACGCACCUUCAGUUUUAUCUUCUUUUACACAUGCGUCUGGAGGAAAAACAUCGAACAAAAAGGCUACAGUUUUGGUGAAAGCAGAGAAGUUCAAAGCCAAUCUUGGAGGCGUUAGAUUGGUUAUGAUUGGUGAUGUUCAUGAACUUCCAGUCAUAGACAUGCAGAUCAAGCCUUUCGAAAUACUUGCGAAAAACUGGUCAACGGAUUUGCAAGCUGACACCUCCAUCAAACCGUUGAUUAGAAUAUACAAUUAUUCGACUUCGGCUUGGGAGCCCUUGUUGGAUCCGUGGUCUUUUAAUAUCCACAUCGAGAAAGCGACACAUCCAAAGCCACAUCUUGCGAUGAACAUCAUUUCAAGAAGGUCUGCCGAAAUUACAGUCACUUCCAGGUCAAUCUCCACACUUUCUUAUUUUGCCUCGUUAAUCGGUGACAACACUGAUAUUAAACCUAGAGGUAAGGAUGCUCCAUAUACGAUUAUCAACCAGACAGGUUACGAUCUGAAUAUCUGGAUUGAUGAAAAGGGCUCUAGUUUGGAGCAUCGCAAGCAACUAACUUUGUUGAAGAAUCAGGAGGAGACGUCAUGGGCAUUUGAGGAUUGGAGAAAGAAUCGUGAGAAUCUAAGCAUGUUCACUUCCCCUAACUAUAUCGGUGUUGAGUUUCUUGAUUCCGGUUAUCAUCCGGUCCGAAGAAUUUCUUUAACUCGUGAGGGUGAGGAUGUGUUCAUGUUGGAGCCUAGUUGUGAAGACCAAUACCAUAACAGGCUUGCAUGCCAGAUCAUAUUGGCUCCUGAUAAAGUCAAGCGUGUGAUCUUGAAAUCUACUGUCACCUUCCACAACCAUACCUCAACGGGUAUUUAUGUGGGAGUAGGAAAUUAUCAUGAAGAAUUCGUUGUCGAUCGUGAAAUUUAUAUUCCGUCUAACGAGAAGACUGCAUUGCCUAUCGAUUACGUCUAUAGAGGAAAACUUGCUGUUAGACCGGAGACCACGUCGGAGCAAUUUGGUUGGUCUAAAGCCAAGACUACGCAGGACAGCAAGUCCUCAAGUUUUGACUGGAAGUCGAUAAUGAAAUCAGAACUUGUUUUAGAAUGUGAUGAGCUAGGCAAAUCCAUGUCGAGAAACCACUACUACUUCCACGCCAAUGCUAAAUAUAAUUCCGAAGAGGCCUUGAACCAGGUAUAUCCCCACAUGGUUAUUAACAUUACGUCACCAUUGAUUCUUCAGAACUUGCUUCCUUUUGAUAUUGAAUGGCAGCUAUUUCAAAAGGGAGGGUACAAAUGGAGUGAUGAGUUGGAGCAUGGUAAAAGUUGCUCCGUUCAUGUUGUUAACAUGAGCUAUUCUGCUGUUUUGAAGGUGCGUGUUCUUGGAUCCAGCUAUAGUAUGUCUGCAGCUGCCAUUGUUAACAGCUGUGGAGAUGAUACUACCGUUGAUAAAAGGAUAACUUUGAAGAGUGCUGAUGGACAGCGGUUGUAUUUGAAUCUCUUCUACACGAGGGGUGAAGAUUCCGGUUCUAAAAUUACCAUUUACACUCCUUACUUGAUUGUGAACAGAACCGGCCGAGAUGUGUAUGUUAGCGAUAGCUAUAGUACUCUGAUUUCUCGCUCUAGGUACCUCUCUGUGCAGGAUAAAGAUAAGGCUCUUCCUGAUAUGUUUUCCUUUGAGAACGACUCUUCAGACGGCUUUAUGCAUGGCGGAUUUGAAGAAAAUCAUGCCACUAUCCAAGUUGGAGAUUCCAAACCUAGUCGAGGUUUCGGUAUUGACAAGGUUGGUCAGUCUUUUGAGGUCAAGGUGCCAUUGAAGAGUAGAGCUCUGGAAAAUGAUGUUGGUAUUUAUAUUACGGAAGGCCAGGGUAUUUUCAAGUUGACUAAAGUGGUUACUUUGUCCCCUCGAUUUAUUGUGAGGAAUAACCUUGAACUUCCGGUAUCCAUUCGAUGUGUUGGUGCUUCAAAUGUUACCCAGCUUUUGUCCAGUAAGGUAGAGCCGAUCUAUGAUGUUCCUAAGACCGAACCCAAGCAAUUAGUCGUCGGCUUUGGCGAUAAUUCGUCGUGGUCUGCCCCAUUCAAUAUUAAUGAUGUGGGUGAAUUGUACGUCCGUGUCAAGCGUCUUGACUCGGUGGCCCAUAGGCUUUUAAGGGUGGUCAUCAGCACUGAGAAUGCCUCCAUAUUUAUCAAUAUUAUGGAUGCGAAGGAUUUAUGGCCAUAUUCCAUCAGGAACUUCAGUGACUUUGAGUUUUUGGUGUAUCAGUCGGAUCCAAAUAUGAGUAUAGACGGAACAAGAAGCUCACGUGAUCCAUUCAAGCCAACUUUCUAUAAGGUCCCUCCUAAAAGCGCUAUGCCAUACGCUUGGGAUUAUCCUGCGGCUGAAGUAAAGGAAUUGGUAUUAAGAUGUGGUAAUCGGGAAAGAUUUGUUCAACUCGCUGAAAUCGGUACACUUUAUCCUAUGAAGCUUUCUCAAAAUAUCAGUACCUCCACUGAAAGGCCGAGUAUCGUGGAUUUGAACGUUGUCGCUGAAGGUCCAGUUCAGUCUUUGGUGAUUUCCAACUACGAUGCAAAGACCAGUUUGUACCAGUUGAAAUCUAAUCCAUCCUCUCGCAAUGUUGGUGGUUUAGGAGGCGGUUCUUCCUCAUCCUCUACAGAAGAUUUUGAGACCAACAUUAAGGAUGAGAAUUAUUAUACCUCAAUAAUUUUCAACUUUGAAGGUAUGGGCAUUUCUUUGAUUAAUGCGGAAUGCAAGGAGAUCUCAUAUGUCACUGUAAGAGGUGCGGAACUUCAUUAUAACGAGUCCGAUAUAUACCAGAACUUGGCUAUGAAAAUUAAGUGGAUUCAAGCAGACAACCAAUUAUAUCCUGCUAUCUUUCCUAUUAUUGUUUAUCCUACAGUUGUUCCAAAGUCUCGGAAGGAGAUGGAUAAACACCCGGCGUUUUCCGUGGGUAUAUCUAGAGUCAAAGAUAAUGCCCAUGGUGUGACGUACAUAAAGCUCGCUACGGUCUUGCUUCAGGAAAUGUCGAUUGAGAUCGAUGAGGAUAUGCUUACAGCUUUGCUUGAAUUUUCCAGACUGCCAGAAGCAUCUUGGAACUCCCCAAAGAUUGAUAAUUUGUGGAGUGAAAAUGUUGAAAUCCCAGAACCUCCUGAAGUAAGAACAAGAGAUGAUUUCUAUUUUGAGCUUCUUCACUUGCAGCCUCUUCAGUUUAACUUCUCCUUUGUGCGAUCAGAGAAUGCAGAGGAGGGCGAUGCUUCUGCUAGUGGUAAUCCGAUUACUCUUGCAGUUAAUGCCCUCACUAUGGCUAUUGGUAAUGUUAAAGAUGCUCCUAUUAGGCUUUCGGCUUUAAUCUUGGAGAAUCUCAGAACCCCAUUGCCUUAUCUUCAACAGAAUAUUGAGGAGCAUUAUAAGCAAGCGUUCUUAUAUCAAUGGUACAAAGUUUUGGGAUCUGCUGAUGUUAUUGGCAAUCCUGUGGGACUCUUUAAUAACAUUAGUUCCGGUGUUAUGGAUAUCUUCUACGAACCAUAUCAGGGCUAUAUUAUGACAGAUCGGCCACAAGAGCUUGGUAUUGGUCUAGCAAAAGGAGGUUUAAGCUUCUUGAAGAAGUCAGUGUUCGGUUUCAGCGAUAGCGUUUCUAGGUUCACCAACUCUAUGGCGAAGGGCCUGACAGCCGCAUCUAUGGAUAAAUCUUUUCAAGAGAAAAGACGCCAAACUCGACAGAAAAAUAAGCCUAACCAUCCAUUUGGAGGCUUUGCUACAGGUACUAGUUCGUUGUUUGAAGGGAUAACAAGCGGUGUUGCGGGACUGGCUAUGGCCCCUAUUGAAGGAGCCAGUAAAGAGGGUGCUGCCGGUUUCUUCAAAGGUCUUGGAAGGGGAUUGAUUGGAUUACCAACUAAGACGGCAACUGGUGUUCUUGAUUUCGCCAACGAUGUCAGCGAAGGUAUCAAAAAGACUACUACAGCCUUUGAUACCGAAGGAUUAGAUAGAGUGAGACUUCCUCGUAGCGUCUGUUACGAUGGAUGCGUGACCCGGUAUUCUGAGAGAGAAGCUCAGGGCCAGUUUUGGUUAAAGACUUGUGAAGGUGGAAAGUAUGCUCGUGAGAAGUAUUUGGCGCAUGUAAUGCUUCAUGGUAAUGAGCAUGCAUGUAUUGUGAGUAUGAGCCGUAUCCUAAUUGUGGCAGUUGCUGAUCUUACUGUGGAUUGGCAAAUCCUUUACGAAAAGAUUGGAAACAUAACAUUGGAAAGCACAGGUCUUCGUAUCACACAAAUUAAGAAGAGCGAACCUGAGAGAUUCAUUUCCAUUCCAGACCAAGUUGACCAGAAGUUUCUUUACAGGAAUAUUGCAAUUGCUGUUAAUGAGUAUAACAAGCACUGUAUUGUGUGUCUAUAA